AUGGCUCCGUUUGACGCGUACCGCGCCAAGAUGCAGGCCGCGGGCCUCUCGACCGAGGCCAUCAAGGCGUUCGAGUACUCGUACGACGCCCUGGUGAGCGGCGAGACGGGCAUGAUCGCCGAGGACUCGAUCAAGCCUGCGGACAACCUGCCCUACCUCGAGAACAAGGAGGGCAGCAUCCGCGAGUCCGUCAAGGCCGACCCGGAGCUGCUCAAGGAGACCGUCGUGCUCAAGCUGAACGGCGGCCUGGGCACCAGCAUGGGCCUGGACAAGGCCAAGUCGCUGCUGACGGUCAAGGGCGACGACACCUUCCUGGACAUCAUGGCCAAGCAGGUGACGGAGCUGCGCGCCACCCACAAGUCGAACGUGCGGUUCGUGCUCAUGAACAGCUUCAGCACGAGCGCCGACACCCUCGAGUACCUGCAGAAGUACCCGGAGCUCGUCGAGGACGAGGCCCUGGAGCUGCUCCAGAACAAGGUGCCCAAGGUGAACGCCGCCACCAUGGAGCCGGCCACGUACGCGGCCAACCCCGCCAAGGAGUGGUGCCCGCCCGGACACGGCGACCUGUACGCGUCUCUGGCCGGCUCCGGCAAGCUCGACAAGCUCGUGGCCGAGGGCGUCAAGUACAUGUUCGUGUCAAACUCGGACAACCUGGGCGCCACCCUGGACCUGGACCUGCUGACGUACUUCGCGCAGUCUGGCAAGCCUUUCCUCAUGGAGUGCUGCGAGCGCACGGAGAACGACAAGAAGGGUGGCCACCUGGCCGAGCGCACGGCCGACGGUCGCCUCAUCCUCCGUGAGUCCGCUCAGUGCGCUGACGAGGACGAGAAGGAGUUCCAGAACAUCACCAAGCACCGUUACUUCAACACGAACAAUCUGUGGAUCCGUCUGGACAAGCUGCAGGAGGAGCUGAAGAAGCAGGGCGGCGUCAUCCGCCUGCCCAUGAUCAAGAACUCGAAGACCGUGGACCCCAAGGACUCGAGCUCGACCCCCGUGUUCCAGCUGGAGACGGCCAUGGGUGCCGCCAUCGAGUGCUUCGACGGCGCUGGCGCCGUGUGCGUGCCGCGCACGCGUUUCGCCCCCGUGAAGAAGUGCGAUGACCUGAUCCUUCUGCGUUCGGACGCGUACGUCAUCACGGAGGACUACCGCCCCGUGAUCGCCCCUGAGCGCGAGGGUGUGGCCCCCAUCGUGUCCCUGGACUCGAAGAACUUUAAGCUGGUGCAGCAGCUCGAGGCUGCGGUGCGUGGCAACGUGCCGUCGCUGAUCAAGUGCGACCGCCUGAAGAUCGUCGGCAACGUCGGCUUCGCGCCUGGUGUUGUGUUCGACGGCAGCGUGGAGGUCGUCAACAAGAGCUCUGAGCAGAAGACCGUGCUGGCCGGCACGUACAAGGACACCACGGUGGACCUGACCGAGCAGAAGGGUCUGGGAAAGCUCAAGGUGACCACGGUCAAGACGUCGCCGUUCCAGGACCAGAAGCCCGGUACCUCGGGUCUGCGUAAGAAGACCAAGACGUUCAUGAGCGACAACUACCUCCAGAACUUCGUGGCUUCAGUGUUCGAGGCGCUCCCCGCCAAGGACCUGAAUGGUGGCACCCUGGUUGUGUCCGGCGAUGGCCGUUACUUCAACAAGGAGGCCAUCCAGAUCAUCAUUAAGAUGGCCGUCGCCUACGGUGUCGACCGUCUGUGGAUCGGCAAGGACGGUCUGCUCAGCACGCCGUGCGUGUCGGCUGUCGUGCGUGAGCGCGAGGGUGGCAGCGUCGCCUUCGGUGCAUUCAUCCUUUCGGCCAGCCACAACCCUGGUGGCCCGAACGAGGACUUCGGCAUCAAGUACAACUGCGAGAACGGCGGCCCCGCCCCCGAGAAGGUCACGAACGAGAUCUUCGCCCUGUCCAAGGUCAUCACGUCGUACAAGAUCGCCGCCGACUUCCCCACGGUUGACGUGACCAAGAUCGGCACGACCUCCGUCGCCUCGGACGAUGGCAGCCGUACCAUCACGGUUGAGGUGUUUGACUCGGCUGAGCACCACGUGGACCUGCUGAAGCAGAUCUUCGACUUUCACGCUAUCAAGAAGCUCGUGUCUCGUGAGGACUUCACCUUCGUGGUGGACGCCAUGUCCGGCGUGAACGGUCCGUACGCCCGCCGCGUGUUCGUGGAGGAGCUGGGCUGCAACGAGUCGUGCCUGCAGAACGCCAGUCCUCUGGAGGACUUCGGUGGAGGCCACGCUGACCCGAACCUGACGUACGCCAAGGCCCUGAUCAAGGUCAUGGGCGUGGACGCCAAGGGUCUGCCCGUGACUGGCCAGGAGCAGGAGCCGCCUUCGUUCGGUGCCGCCUGGGAUGGCGACGCUGACCGUAACAUGAUCCUGGGCUCGCGCUUCUUCGUCACGCCUUCGGACUCGCUUGCCAUCAUCGCGGCUAACUGCACGGUGAUCCCGUUCUUCAAGAACGGCCUGCGCGGUGUGGCCCGCUCGAUGCCUACCAGUGGUGCUGUGGACCUUGUCGCCAAGAAGCUGAACGUGCCUUUCUUCGAGGUGCCCACUGGCUGGAAGUUCUUCGGCAACCUGAUGGACUCGCACGUGGUGUUCGGCAAGGAGGACUACACUCCGUUCAUCUGCGGUGAGGAGAGCUUUGGUACGGGCUCGAACCACAUUCGUGAGAAGGACGGCAUGUGGGCCGUGCUGGCUUGGCUGUCGAUCCUGGCUUCGAAGCAGGUGGACGGCGCCCCGCUGGUGACGGUGGAGGACAUUGUGCGUGACCACUGGAAGAAGUACGGCCGUAACUACUACUGCCGUUACGACUACGAGAACGUGGACAAGGCCGCGGCCGAGGGCAUGUUCGCGGAGAUGACCAAGUUCGACGUUGUUGUGGGCAAGGAGAUCAACGGCUUCAAGGUCGAGAAGGCCGACGAGUUCGAGUACGUGGACCCCGUGGACGGCAGCGUGUCGUCGCACCAGGGCAUCCGUUUCCUGUUCGAGGGCGGCUCGCGUGUGGUCUUCCGACUGUCGGGCACGGGCGUUGCUGGCGCCACCAUUCGUAUGUACGUCGAGAAGUACGAGGAGCCGACUGGCAACCUGGACCAGAACGCCGCUGCUGCUCUGGAGAAGCUGAUCGAGGUGGGCCUGAAGCUGUCGGACCUGGAGAAGAAGACCGGCCGCAAGGCCCCCACCGUUAUCACUUAAGGGGGAUGGCGUCUUCAUUACUCUCUGCCCCUUGUGGUGGCUGGGCUGCGCUUGGAUUCAUCUUGCAUGUCGUUAGUUGCUUUGUAAUAAGUCAGCUCCACCACCAUCGAGCGUUAGCAAGUUAAGAAAUAGCAAACCACUUGAAAACAA